GAGAAACAAAAUCAUUCAAAAUAAAAAAGGAACAGAGUAAAGAACAGGAAAAGGAAAGCAGAAGAAAUCUAGCUCUGAGAUCUCUUCCAGGUCCCUCCCUUUACUUGUUCUCUUUUACCUGCAGCAAUAAGAUAACCAACUAGGUCAUCCUACAACUCAAAAAUCUUUGUCAUUUUAUUUUUCGAACCGACUCCAGCUUACAGUUAAAAAUCUUUGUCAUUUUAUUUAGAUGACAUGUAAUAAACGGGUGAGUCCACUCGAGCCGUUAAAACAGUUUCCCUCAUAUGUGCAGUCAUCGGAGUUUCUAGUGACGUAGCCCAUGCCCCAUAGCCCCAUAGGAACCUGAUCGUCGAUAUCUGCGGCAUCCAGCAUAAAGUCACUCGGUGCUCUUGUGUGGAGUUCGAACAUGUAAUCGUACGUUGAACCCCACAGCCACAGGUCGCCACACCAUCGAAAGCAAAGGCUACAGUAGCAAGCGGCAAAGCUGGUUCUUCUCACUCGAUUCGAUUCGCCGGCCUGACAUGAAGCCACGCUCGCUUCUUGAAAACCUGUCUCCCGCGCAACCUGACCUGGGAAAAGGCUGCCUUCCAGGAGAGGAGAUGAUCCAAGAGCAUCUCCUCCUCCGUCUCCUUCCUUUCGCCUCCAAAAGGAGCUAAAGCAUAUCGAUCUCGCGAUCGAUCGAUUCGAUCGACGACGCGUACAUUGGCUAGCCCCCUGCACCAAAAAAAAAAAAAGGCGGCGCCUUUAGCUCUCUUUUCCUCUCCCCGCUUGCCCCAUGGCUUGUUGUUCUUGUUCUUCCUCCUCGCGAAUUCUUCCUCGAAUCCUCAUCUUGUCCCUCGUACUGUUCUCCUUCGCCACGGCGCCAUGCGCCGCUGGGAGGGUCACGAUGUCGGUCUAUUACGAGACGCUGUGCCCGUUCUGCUCCGGCUUCGUCGUCAACGAUCUCGCGAGGAUCUUCCGGGACGGCCUCUCCCCCGUCGUUGACCUCCGCCUCGUCCCCUUCGGCAAUGGCCGCGUCUCGCCCGACGGAUCGAUUACCUGCCAGCAUGGAGAGGAGGAAUGCCAACUCAAUGCGAUAGAAGCUUGCGUGAUCAGACUUUGGCCUGACGCGGAACAGCAUUUCCCUUUCAUUAAUUGCAUUGAGCAUUUAGCGCUGACUCAAAAAUGGAACGCGUGGCAAUCUUGCUUUCAAGAAACUGGUCUAGCCUCUCAACCUGUUAUGGACUGCUAUAACUCAGGGUACGGCACACAGCUUCAACUCCAGUAUGCUGCAGAGACGAAUGCCCUUCAGCCUCCUCAUCAGUUUGUACCCUGGGUGACCGUAAACGGGCGCCCCCUUGGUGAUGAUUACACAAAUUUUGAAGCCUACAUCUGCAGAGCUUAUGAUGGUGAACUUCCUGAGGCAUGCAGGGGGAAACACCUCGCCAUUGCUCAACAGACAAGAGCAAGCCGAGGAGGCAAGAGGGAUCCACAAAAGUUGGCCGUUCUACUUGCCUUCUGCAUCGCGGUGUGGUUCUGACCUCUCUGGAGCGCCAUUUCGUCGAGAAAACUCAAACAGUUCAAGAUCAGAUGAAGCUAACCAAGUAGACUAACAAAUACGGAGUAGAAGUAAACAACAUUCGCAAACAAGGCAUUGUGUAGCACAUAAAGUUGCGAAUUUUUUCCCCCUUUCUUUGCCUCUGCAAAAAAAAUUUCUCUCUUUUCUCUAACAGCGAGUUCAGUAUCAUUGACUGUCUCAGAUAAGGAGACUAGUCACGCUCACGCUUGAUUGUUCUAUUAGGCCUGUUGUUAUACAGAUCAAGUGUAAAUAAAACUGUAAACAGCAAACCGGUGGAGCUGAAGGACUCUUUUUAAGACA